AUGUCGACGCCAGCGCAAGUGCUACGCGACGUGCAAUUCGACAAGCGCCUGACCGACGUCGAAGCGCGUCUCCCGGCCACGCUGGAGCAAGAGGGCUCGCUCGCCAAGCGCAAUCAGGCCAAACGCAGGCUCUACCACGACAGCGAACUCCUCCGCAUUGAGCUGGAAGAGCGCAUGAACGCUCUGGGCAUCGAGAGCCAGUGGACGACGGCCCCCGAGAUGCAGGAGGCCAAUGCCAAGCUGGAUGCGGUGCGCAAGCAGCUGAAGCUCGACGUCCUGCCAGCCAGUGCGUCGCUCUUCGAGAAGCUCUACAUGUUCGUACGGCUGCUCACGAUGAUGCUGGUGCUCGUGGGCUGGCUCAGCUGUGUGACCAUCAUCCUACCGCUCAAGUGGCUCAACCCAGUGCUAAAGAAAAUGGGCGUCAAGAAGAACUACCUCCCGAUGGACCUGCUAUCUUGGGGCACAGCUGCUAUGGUGUGCGUCACGGCAUGCACCGACGUUCAGGUCGAGGGAGUCGACAACUUGAGGGAUCUGCGUGACUCGGUCGUCUGCAUGUUCAGCCACUCGUCAAACUUGGAUGGGUUCAUUGUCAACGGCUCAUCGCCCGUUGCGUUCAAGUUUGCGGCAAAGAAGAGUCUCUUUCUGGUGCCUUUUCUGGGCUGGUCGGCUCGGUGGGGCUUUGACUUUGUAGCCAUCGAUCGCUCCCAUCGCUCAUCGGCGCUAAAGAGUCUGAAGGAGCUGGCGGUGUCGGUGAAUGACCAUGGGAACUCUGUCUGCAUCUCUCCUGAAGGCACGCGCUCGAAGGAUGGUCUGCUACAAGAGUUCAAGAAGGGACCGUUUUAUCUGCGGGAAGACACGAAGAAGGACGUCGUGCCUUCCGUCGUGUUCGGCGCGUACGAGCUAUGGCCUCCUGGCCGCCUCUUCAGCAUUCCUGGACACACGCUGGUGCGGUACCUGCCGGCGUACAAGACCGACCCAAAGCUGAACCGGAAUCAGAACCGUCUCGCUCUGCGUCGCAUUUAUCUUAAGGCUUUCACGGAAGACGUGCCGGACUCUAUUGGCACUCGCGUGAGCACCCCCUUUAUCCUGAAGAACAUGUUCUACCACUACCUGGCGUGGUCGAUCACGUUUCAGGUCACGUCGUGGGCGUUCACAGCGAUUCGUCUGGUCUGCUUCUCGUUGGACAUCACCUACGCCACGUUCAUGCUCUUGUUGCUGGCACUGAUGGCCGCGGGCGAAGCCCUCAUGUUCUUCACCUGCUGA